AUGAACAAAUUAGGAUUUUUAAAACUUUUUAUACUUUGCCAAACUUGGACAGGAUUUAUUUUUACUGCACCUAAAAUAUUUUUAUCUGGACACGAUGAAAAUGUUUGUAUCUCAUUUAAAAAUGAUGUUAACGUUGCGGAAGUUAAAGUUGCAAUACUACAGUUGAAAGAAGAUAUAGAAAUUGCGUUGGCUGUUGAAAAAAUAACAGAAUUUGAUUAUGAUGGAAAAUGUUUUAAAAUUUCUAUGCCUCGUACAAAAGUAAAAAAAGGACGUUUGCAGUUGACAGUUCGUUUAAAAACAGAAGGUGAUUUAAAUAUUAAUUAUGUGCAACAUAUUUCGAUUGAAACGAAUCCGGAUAUUACGUUUAUCCAAACGGAUAAGCCUCUUUAUAACGGCGGUCAACUUGUUCAAUUUAGAAUAUUUACUUUAAAAUCUGAUUUGAAACCAGAUAACGACCCGAUCGAUAAAAUAUGGAUUGAAAAUCCCAGUGGGAUUCAUUUGACGCAAUGGUUGAAUGAAUUCAACAGUAAAGGAAUCAUAAAUAAAACGUUUCAACUCUCUAAAGAACCGAUUUUCGGAAAAUGGUCCAUAAAAAUGAAAAAAAAAAAUAGUGACGUCAUUGUAAAAAAUUUUUUCGUCGAAAAUUACAUUUUACCUAAAUUUUCGGUUUUGAUUAAAUCUCCGGAAUAUAUAACGAACACGGCUAAUUUAACCAUUUGCGCCAAGUAUCAUUUUGGUGAGCCUGUACACGGCAAUGUCAUUCUCCAAUAUUUCAUAAAGUGUACCUUUUCUUAUUAUUGUCAAGAAAAAGCAUCUUCCGUUACACAAAACCUGAGGCUGGGUGUUGAUGGCUGCUUGCAACAUGAAAUUUCUUUAAAGAAUCCUUCAAAUUUUGCUCACAGUCUUAUAAUAAAUGCAACCGUAACCGAAGAUGGAACUUAUUUAAGAGGAAAAGCUUUUUCGAAAAUAAAUAUAAGAAAUUCUAAAUUUAGUAAUUAUCCUGAAUUUUCUUUGGAUACGGUAAAGAAAAAAUUCAAACCAGGAUUACCAUUUACUGGAAAGGUCAUGAUGAAAAUGGCAUCACUAAGUCGAGAACAAUUAAUCGUCUGCUUGGAUUCAAACGAAAUAAUCAAUUGCAAAGAAUUAUUUUUAAAAAACGGGACAUCAAAAUUUCUUAUUUCUCCUAUAAAUAUUUCAGAUGAAAAAAAUUUUAGAAUUUCAAUAAAAGUACGAAAUUCUAAAGAUAAUUUAUUGACAAAAGUGGAAGAAACAAAAUUGAGUUUGGUUCCUUGGUACUCACCAUCCGGAAGUUAUUUACAAAUAGAAAAACUUACAACGGACAAGUUCACGUGUAACCAGAAUGGAAAAUUUAAAGUUUUAUAUACUUCAUCCGAUAACGAUGUGAAAUUUCAUUAUUUGGUUAAAUCUAGAGGUGUUAUUUUGUCUGCAGGAACUCUUGAUAAGUUUUCUGCUGAUGCAAAAUUAUAUGAAGUUGAAGAAGGAAUUAGUAUUUUAAAUGAAGGAAAUUUAAAAAAUGUUAAACAAUUCGAAUUUGAAAUAUUUAUAUCUUCUUUAAUGUCUCCUUAUGCUAAUGUAAUAAUAUAUUUCAUAACAAAAGAUGGAGAAGUAGUAGCCGAUACAUUUUUAAUACCCGUUGAAAAAUGUUUACCGAAUCGCGUUAAAACAAAAUGGAGUAAAGGUGUUACUUCUCCCGGAUCAAAUAAUAAUUUUCAAAUAGAAACUUUUCAAAAUUCAAUUUGCGCUCUUUCGAUAACCGAUAAAAGUGUUCACAUGUUUUCAAAUUUGAACGAAGUAAAUUCCGAUAAAGUUUUUAAAGAAUUGGAAAAAUUUGCAAACAAACCUGAUUUUCUCACCGAAACCACGAGCGAACAUUGCCAACAAAAUAAAGAAAUGAAUAAUCAAUUUAUUGAUGGGAAAAUGGAAGCUUUAUCCGAACCGAAGCCUCUGGAUUCUCGAUUUGUUGAUUCCCUUCAAGCUUUUAAGGAUUUUGGAGCAUUGGUCAUCACCGAUCUAAAGUUAGAAACUAGACCGUGUGCGUUCAGAAACCAAGAUUCACAGGCUAACGUAACGACCAAAAACUCUGGAAUGGGUGUUUUUGAUAAUAAGGUUGAGAAUAUAACAUUAUUCAAAGCUGAAGAAUUUCCAGACGCGGUAGAAUCAAAUAAAAGGGAAUCCCCUUACGCUUACGAACUGAGAACUUUUUUCCCGGAAACUUGGAUAUGGGAUUUAAUAAAUAUAGAUUCUUCCGGAAUAGCAAAAUUAGACUAUAAGGUUCCACACACCGUCACCGAAUGGCUAACCAAUACAAUUUGUCUGUCAUCGGAAAAAGGUUUAGGAAUUGCCGAACAUUCGAGAUUGACUACAUAUCAACCUUUUUUUCUUCACUUUUUUAUUCCUCAUACAUUGCAUAAAAGAGAAAUAUUUCACAUGUUUGUUUCCGUUUUCAAUUACGAAUCUACCGAACUGCCAAUAAAAAUAAAGUAUAUUUCUACGGCAAAUUUCAAUUCAAAGUCUGACGAAGUUGCUUUUUACUGCAUCAAAGCUAAAACAAAAAUAGUUCAUCGAUUCGUAUUGGAAGCGGUCAAAUUGGGAGAAGCGGAAAUAGCAGUUAAAGGAGAAAUAGAUUUACAUUUUAAAGGAAACUGUAACAAAGUUAAUUUUUCAAAAAGCGAUGUGGUGAUAAAAAAAACGAUGGUAAAACACGAAGGAAUUUUAAUGGAAGAAAAUAAGUCUGGAUUUAUUUGCGGGGAAAGUUCAAAUUUUUAUGAUAAAAUUGAUUGGACGAUUAGAGUUCCGCCGGAAAUUGUCGAAAGUUCCGUUUCGGUUGAUGCGUUUGUAUCGGGAGAUAUUUUAGGGCCAACUUUAAAAGAAAAACUAAUAGAGGAAGAUUCAUCAAAAUCAUUAUCGGCAUAUAUAUUAAUUUCUCUUAUCGAAGCUGGAAUUUCAAAGGAUAGCCCAAUAGUAAAAAAUACAAUUUUUUGCUUAAAACCCAAUCAAGAAUCUUUGGGCUUGUACGGCGAUGUCUUAUUGUCCUACGCAUUGAUUUUAGCUGGAGAAUAUAGAGAAUCACAAACGCUUAUGUUCGAAUUAUUAAAAGAAGCUAAGAGAACGUAUGGAUUAUUGUGGUGGGAAGCCGACGGUACGAUUGAAUCGGCCAUAGAAACCACAAGUUACGGAAUUCUCACUCUAGUAAAAUUAGGUGGACCUCAUUUUCUAGCAGCAGCAUCUGAUGCCAUUCGAUGGUUGAUUCAACAUCAAAAUCAAUAUGGCGGAUUUGUUUCGAGUCAAGAUACGGUUUUGGCUUUGGAAGCAAUUUCUAAAUUUUCAGCCACUCUUCCACGUACAAAUGAAUAUGAUUCGUUGAGAGUAAAUGUUUCGGCAUCUGAUAAAAGAUACUCAUUUAAUAUUUCUCAUCCGAAUAAAAUGUUACAACAAAAAGUCAGGUUGCCUCCAUUUGUCACCGAUAUUCAUUUUGAAAGCAGCGGAAAAGGAUGUGCUUUAGUUAAAACCUCGUUACGUUAUUACGUUAAAAAAGGAAAACCAAACGACGAUUUAAAAAUUCAAUUGAGAAUUCAUUCGGUUUCGGAUUUGGAUUCAUAUUCAAUUGCAAAAUUUCAUAUUUGCGUAAGAUAUAAAUCGGGGAAAGAGAAGAUCAAUAUGGCUGUUUUGGAAGUUUCGAUGGUGUCUGGAUACUAUCCAGAUCGUUCGUCUUUAUAUGAAAUACCCGUUUCUCGAAAAGGUGUUAGAAGAUGGGAAGAAUACGAAGACAAAAUUAAUUUUUAUUUUGAAGAUUUAAAAAAUAAAAAAGUUUGCGUUGACUUUUUAGUCGUUCAAGAAACUUGCGUUCGAAAUCCGGCUCCCGCUCUUGUAAAACUUUACGACUAUUACGAUGCCAAACGUCAAACAACAAUGAAAUAUAACUUCACGUCAGAGUGCGAAAAUGAAUCUUGGUUGGAAGUUUCCGACAAUUCUUUGAAACGUCACGAAACGAAAAGAGAAUUAAAAAAUGAAAAUGGAAUUUAUGAAUAUCCAAAUUUUCAAUCCGAUGCCAUCAAUAAUGGUUUAUUUCAAGGUUUUUCUAACAGAGAUCAAGAUUUGGAUACUCCAUCGGGAUUCGAAGGUGUUAUGCCGGUUUAUGCCUUACCACCGAACCUGAGUCGCAAAGGUUUAGAUUGCGUACAUUGUUUAACGAACAUACCUGAAAUAUUUCCAAAACUUUAUUGCUCGUCUUUUAUUGCCCUUAAAGUGUCUAUUCUAAGUAAUGAAACGAUGAGUUUUGAUUUAAAUGUAACUCCGAGAAGUAAUUUUACGAUAUUAAAACGUUCAGUUUCAUUCACCGUUGAUAGAAAUUGCGAAUGUUUCAUUUUAAAUUCAGAUAAUAAUAAACAUGCGUUAUUAAUGGUAACGCCUCCAAGAUCAUUUAGCGUUAAUACUGUGCAAGAAAUACAUUUGGAUAAUUCAAUGCAACUUUAUCCGUGGGGAGAUCAAAAUCAAAUACCGAAAUAUUUAAUGGAUGCUAUAGAGUACUGUCAAAAAUGGUCAUUGGACUAG